AUGUCCACAUACACGACAAUGACGACCUGCACGAAGACCUUUACAGAGACUCGCGAAGAGCCGACAGUGGGCGCAUCAUCAGGCGCCCAGAUAGAUCAUGAAAUCGAGCGAGCGCGGAAACGAAGACGGCAUUCGAGCUACAACCCGCGGUCAUGGAGUGUGGAGAGGGAGAAUGCACAGAUCGCCGUCGAGAAAUUCCUGAACGACCUGGGCAAGAGGUUGGAAAUGCUGGAGACGUACGGCUCGCUCAAGUUCGACGAGGGAGUCAAGAGUGUGCAUGACACAUUACACCAUGUGCAUGAAAGGUGUGCACAAGUCUCGGACGACCUGAUAGACGCUGGAAGACGGCGGAGGAAGGUCUUUGUAGAGACAAUGGAAACACACUACAGAGACGCAUUGGCGAAGAAGGACACAUUGGAGCAAAAGGUACAGGAAGGAGUCAAGGUCAUGGAAGCCAAUCUGGUUGCUCUCGAGCAAAGAGCAUACAAGAUGAGGGAACGAGGUCUGACGGCAACCGCCCACGAAAUGUUGGACUCUGGUAUCGCAUACAUGGAGAGCACAGCAACCACGGCCGCCGAGAUUGUCCACGAGGGUGCAGAUGCAGCGCGGAGGGCCAAGGAGAAAAUGAAGCUGAAGGUGGAGGUCGCUCUUGUGCACGCUCGAAAGCACGGCCUGGUCACAUACGAUAUGCUACCCGAACCUUGGCGUGUCAACCCGCACAUCCUCAACGGCUACCGCUUCAGCGAAACCAAGCUCGACUGCAUCCGAAGCUGCUUCACCAUCUCCAACGAGUUCUUCAACAUCUGGUCCCACGCCAUCGGCCUGAUCAUCGUCCUAGCAAUCGCCUUCUACUUCUACCCCAACACCCCCGCUUUCACCUCAGCAACUUACUUCGACAUCGUCAUCGCCGGCUGCUUCUUCUUCGCCGCAUGCAAAUGCCUCGUCUGCAGCUGCAUGUGGCACGCCAUGUCCUCCAUCUCCGACCAAACCUUGAUGGAACGCUUCGCCUGCGUGGACUAUACUGGCAUCUCACUCCUCGUCGCCGCUAGCAUCAUGACAACAGAGUACACCGCUUUCUACUGCGAACCAUGGAGCCGUUGGACCUGGAUCAGCUUGACGUUUGGCCUUGGCAUCGCAGGCGUCAUCCUUCCCUGGCACCCUACCUUCAACCGCGCAGACAUGGCAUGGGCGAGAGUGGGUUUCUACGUGACACUGGCAACGACUGGUUUUCUCCCCGUCUUUCAACUCACCUACGAGCGUGGCUUCGGCGAGACGCUUUACUUCUACGCUCCCAUCGUCAAAUCCAUCGCCGUCUACCUCGGCGGUGCGGUAAUGUACGCGGCCAAGAUCCCCGAGCGUUUCCUACCCGGAUGGUUUGACUAUGCCGGUGGCAGCCAUAACAUCUGGCAUUUGGCGGUGCUCGGUGGGAUUCUGUUCCAUUAUAGUGCGAUGCAGAGUUUCUUUGGUGAAGCUUUUAGGAGGGCUGAUGUGGGGUGCUCGACGUAUUAG